UUCCUUCUACCCACGUCUGUGGUCAAUUAAGUAGGGUGCCAGCGUGAGACCCAAUAUAUUACUUUUUAAUUAAUAAAGCACAAUGGUUGUAGGAGAUCUGAAAACGACAGACGGUGUGAAAUCCCUGGACGCAUACCUUGCAGACAGAAGCUAUGUCGACGGGUUUCAACCAACGCAGGCUGAUGUGUGCGUAUUCGAAACGUUAGGAAAGCCUCCAUCAGCUGAUACACCUCAUGCAUUGCGUUGGUACAAUCAUAUUAAAUCAUACGGAGCUGACAGCAAGAAAUUUCCAGGUGAAAAGAAACCACCGGCGGCUUUUGCUGGAGCUGUAACGAAUGGCAGUGCGCCAUCCGGAGACAAAAAAGCCGAUGAUGACGACGAUGUGGAUCUGUUCGGCUCAGACGACGAGGAGGAUGCUGAGGCAGAAAAGAUUAGGGAAGAAAGGUUAAAGGCCUAUGCAGAAAAGAAAGCAAAGAAGCCAGCACUUAUUGCAAAAUCAAGUAUUGUUCUUGAUGUGAAGCCAUGGGAUGAUGAGACUGAUAUGAAAGAAAUGGAAAAUAAAGUUAGAAGUAUUACAAUGGAUGGUCUUGUAUGGGGUGCAUCCAAACUGGUUCCUGUUGGUUAUGGAAUUAACAAGCUGCAGAUCAUGUGUGUUGUCGAAGAUGAAAAAGUUUCUGUGGAUUUGCUUGUGGAAGAGAUACAGAAUUUUGAAGACCAUGUGCAAUCUGUAGAUAUUGCAGCGUUUAAUAAAAUUUAAUUUUGGUAUUAAUAAGAUUAUUUUUGUGUAAAAAAAAUAAAAUUUGAAAACAAGAA